AUGAAGAAGAACUUUGUUGUGAUAACUUUAUUCUCCUUAACUCAAGCUUUCAUGCCAGAGCCCGACUUAACCAACUCCAUAUACAAUCAUCGAAAUGGUAUUGAGCCUAUCGAUUAUGAAGUUGAAUCUUCAAACAAUCUAGUAGAAGGAGGAAAGAGUGCUGAGAAUGUCGAUGAGCCAUCUAUGAGCCCUUACAGAAAAAUGACCUUCCGUCGUAGAAACAUCAAUAACGCAGGAUUUCUCAGCAAUUCUGGAUUAUCACCUUUCAAUCGUAUGAGCUACAAAUCUGCUUAUGGCUCGAAUAGAGGUAGUUCAUCAUACUAUCGUAACAGAAUGUCAAACUAUGGUAACAUGAAUAAUAACUUUGCUAAUGUUUUUUCCAACAAUGGAGAUGCUUACAAAACUAGAGGUCCUUUCCAAAGUGGCCUUAUGGGUGGUACAAGAAACUCUGGAUACUAUGGAAGUAUCAGCGCUACACGCAAUAAGUACAAAACGAGACCAAUGGAUGCAUACGCCAAAAAUUCGUACGGAUCCAACGAUCUUAUGAGCAGUUUCAACUCCAUGCCUAAUGCUUUCGCCAGCAAGCCUUAUAUACCUGCUAUGGGGCACUCCAGCUCUUUCAUUCCUGCUGUGCCUGAGCAAGGACGCUAUCCAUCUGGCUUUGAUUACAUGUCGACAUUCGAUAACAGACCUUCCGCUUCUAUGAGAAGGGAGAACGACCCUUUUAAGAAUCAGAUCAAAACCAACUCCUGGGCAGGAACGUUCCGAAGCCCUGCUGAUUCGGAUGAAGCAGUCAUAGACGGCUAUGCCGAUGCCAUCAAGAAGAAAACCUCCUAA